AUGGCUCGUCUGAGAAACAUCUUACUUGCAAGCCUGUCAUGCUUGCUGGGAUUAUCCACGGCAUGGUAUAACCCAAUUCGCAACCCAGGAGGCAGUGAUCCUUUUCUUGUCUAUACAGGCGGAUAUUACUAUCUCUUGACUACGACAUGGACUGACGUUGAGAUUGCGCGAGCAACAACAAUUGCCGGAUUGGAGACUGCGACCAAAAAGUCCGUCUACUCUACCUCAACGGCGUCACGAUGCUGUAACGUUUGGUCUCCGGAGGUCCACUAUCUCGGGGACACAUGGUACAUAUACUACACUGCUGGUGAAACGACCGAUCUAGAUGGACAGCGGCUCCAUGUUCUUACCGGGGGUUCCACUCCUUGGGACGAUUUCACCUAUACCGGUCAACUUACCACUGAGUGGUCUAUCGAUGCGUCUGUACUGCGCUUCACGGACUAUGGAAAUUUCAUGAUGUUUUCGUGCUUUCACGGUGUGACAUAUCAAUCCAUUUGCAUUCAACAGCUAGGCUCCGACUAUGUCUCGUUGAUGGGUGAUAUCUAUGUCAUUUCGCAGCCCACCGAGUCAUGGGAAAUGAAUGGCACACCCGUGAACGAAGCACCUGCGGCCCUGUACUUUGGAGACACAACGUACAUCUCGUACUCUGCCUCAUAUUGUUGGACGGCAGACUAUUGCUUGGGGCUGUUGACUUGGGAUGGCUCUACUGAUCCAACUGACGCUAGUUCCUGGUCGAAAAAUGAUGGAUGCGUUUUCUCCUCACCAAAUGGUAACUAUGGCACAGGUAGCAAUGGCUUCUUCCAAAGUCCGGAUGCAAGCCAAACAUGGAUUGUCUAUCAUGCCACAGAGUACAGCUCGGGUGCUUGCAAUGACAGUAGGUAUACCAUGGUCCAGUUAUUGGGAACCCAUAGUGAUGGAAGUCCCAACUUUGGUAGCCCAGUGGCGUGGACUCAUGCCUAUAGUGAGCCAAGCGGAGAAUGA